UACAUAGCUAGCUCAUACAGGUAAGUAAUAGACUUAUAUAACACUCUUGUUUCUCUGAAAUCUUCUAUUUGGUUUUUCGUACUCUGUAUUGAACUGUUACAUUAGUUUGAUAUCUCUGUGUUUAACAGGGAUUUAAAGAUGAGUAGAAGAAGAGGAAAUAAUAUUCCAAAGCUUGAUUUGAAGCUGAAUCUAUCGCCGCCAAUUGUGUUAAACCAGCAAGUCGAUCGAUCGACAAACUUGAUCAGGGCUUCUUCAUGGACAACAUCGCCGGAUGGUUCGUGCUUGUCGUCGGAGGUGGAAGAUGCAAUGAACUACUCGAGCAGCCCAGAAGAGGCGGCUUCGAUGAUGUUGGUGGGAUGUCCUCGUUGUCUAAUGUAUGUCAUGCUGUCCGAGGUAGAUCCCAAGUGCCCAAGAUGCAAGAGCUCUGUUUUGCUUCAUCUUUUCAAUCCCCAUGAAAACAAAACCGGAACAAACUCAAGAAAUUAGAAUUUACUUUUUCCGAGAAUGAUAAAUAUCUCAGUUAUCAUCACGGCUGUUUGAGUUAGACGUACAGAAUCCAAGAGAAUUCGUGGGUUCCACAUUUCUCACAUGAUACACAUGAAAUUCGAUGCGUACAAUCAAUUGUUGGGAUCUCUAUAGUGACUAAUUUUUUUCUUGUAUUAUCAAGCAUAUAUAGGCAUUUUAAUUUGUUCUUUUUUUAAAAUUAUUAUUUUUUUAUAUAUGGUCUUCUUUCUUUUUUAAAAUUAACUUGAAUCCAGUGAUUUUGUUUACCAUCUUUGUUUGUUCUUGCUGGUCUUAUUUGGAGUGAAGGAAAGAAAUGAUGGGUUUCAAUGACAUUAAUGGGAGUUUGGAAAGUUGUGUUCUUGUUGAGUAAA